UCAUCUUUUGGUAUUCAAAACGUAAUACUCUGAAACCACGCUGCAAACCAGUUAAGAGGCAUGGCAGCAGCAAUGGACGGAACGGAGUAUUUAGAACUCCAAAUAGAUCAUUUUAGAGAAUCAUUUGCACGUGCGUCGAAUGCUGAAUCUGUGCAAGAAGACGAAGAUGAGUUACUUUGGGAAGCGAUUUCAAGGCUACCGUCUCAACGCCGAGGUAAUUUCGCCUUGUUGAGACGGUCUGCGUCCGAGUACGCAGAGGAUGGUUCAGGUAAACGAACGGAGACGAUCGAUGUUACUAGACUCGAUCGUGCUAAUCGAGAACUUGUUGUUAAAAAAGCUUUAGCUACUAAUGCUCAAGAUAAUCACAGACUCCUUUCUGGUAUCAAAGAGCGUCUCGAUAGAGUUGGCUUGGAGGUGCCGAAAAUCGAAGUAAGGUUUGAGCGAUUGAAUGUGGUGGGCAACGUGAGAACUGGCUCAAGAGCUUUGCCUACUUUGAUUAAUGUCGUGCGAGACACCUUUGAGGAUAUACUGACCGGUUUGAGAAUAUUUCGACUUAAGAAACAUUCUCUAACUAUUCUGAAUGACAUAAGUGGUGCAAUAAAACCAGGAAGGAUGACUUUGCUCUUAGGACCACCAGGUUCUGGCAAAUCAACAUUGCUUUUAGCUCUUGCCGGGAAACUUGACAAGAAUUUAAAGAGAACUGGAAGUAUUACAUACAAUGGCCACAAGCUUGAUCAUUUUUAUGUUAGAAGGACUUCUGCAUACAUCAGCCAAAUAGAUAAUCAUAUUGCGGAGCUUACAGUACGAGAGACUUUAGAUUUUGCUGCUAGCUGUCAAGGUGCAAGUGAAGGCUUUGCAGCCUACAUGAAAGAUCUAAUACGUUUAGAGAAGGAACAGGACAUACGACCCAGUCCAGAGAUUGAUGCUUUCAUGAAGGCAUCUUCUGUAGCUGGUAAAAAGCAUAGUGUUUCCACAGACUACGUCUUAAAGGUGCUUGGUCUUGAUGUGUGCGCAGAGACAGUUGUAGGUAGUGAUAUGUUGAGAGGCGUCUCAGGCGGUCAAAGGAAAAGGGUUACUACUGGAGAAAUGAUUGUUGGGCCAAGAAAAACCUUACUAAUGGACGAAAUAUCCACUGGCCUUGAUAGUUCCACAACAUAUCAAAUAGUGAAAUGUAUAGGAAACUUUGUUCAUCAAAUGGACGGAACCGUACUAAUGGCUCUUCUUCAGCCUCCUCCUGAGACAUUUGAUCUGUUUGAUGAUUUGGUGCUAUUAUCAGAAGGCUACAUGGUGUACCAAGGCCCACGAGCAGAAGUUCUAGAGUUCUUUGAGUCACUAGGAUUUCGAUUACCACCUCGAAAGGGGGUAGCAGAUUUUCUUCAGGAGGUCACCUCUAAAAAGGAUCAAGCACAGUAUUGGGAUGAUCAUUUAAAACCAUAUGCAUACAUUCCAGUUCCAGAAAUUGCAAAAGCAUUUAAAAGUUCUAGGUGGGGAAGGUCUGUGGAAUCCAUGGUUUCUGUCCCAUUUGACAAAACAAAGGAUUCUCCUUCAGCUUUGGCGAAAACGGAAUUUGCUGUACCAAGAUGGGAGCUCUUAAAAGCAUGUUUUGCACGAGAGGUCUUGCUCAUCCGUCGGCAUUGGUUUCUUUAUAUUUUCAGGACAUUGCAGGUCUUUUUUGUUGGAUGCAUAACUAGCACAAUUUUCUUACGAACAAGGUUGCAUCCCACAGAUGAGAUAAAUGGGAAUCUCUAUCUCUCUUGUCUAUUUUUUGGGCUGGUGCACAUGAUGUUUAAUGGAUUUUCUGAGUUAUCCCUUCUGAUAUUUAGACUCCCAGUUUUCUUCAAGCAACGUGAUAAUCUGUUUCAUCCGGGUUGGGCAUGGUCUAUAGUCAGCUUUAUUCUCCGCAUACCCUACUCUGCUGUUGAAGCUUUUGUGUGGUCUUGUGUUGUAUACUAUAGUGUUGAUUUUACUCCGGAAAUUAGCAGGUUCUUCCGUUUCAUGUUUUUAUUAUUUACUGUGCAUCAGAUGGCCUUGGGUCUGUUUCGGACAAUGGCUUCAAUAGCGCGAGAUAUGGUUAUUGCCAAUACAUUUGGAUCAGCUGCUUUGUUAGUUGUCUUCUUAUUGGGUGGUUUUAUUAUUCCUAAAGAAUCGAUUAAACCCUGGUGGAUUUGGGCUUACUGGGUGUCACCAUUAACAUAUGGACAACGAGCAUUAUCUGUCAAUGAAUUUGGUGCAGAAAGAUGGAGGAAGAUAUCUACUAUUGGAAAUAAUACAAUUGGAUACAAUGUUCUCCAUGGACAUAGUUUACCCACAAGUGAUAAUUGGUAUUGGAUUGGCGUUGGUAUGCUAUGGCUUUAUGCGUUGGUUUUCAACAUCAUUGUGACAUUGGCCUUGACCUACCUUAAUCCUCUUCAGAAGGCCAAAACGGUGGCUGAUCCAGUUGACUCCACAGAAAAUGUGUCUGCUGGGAAUAGUGAUGAGGGGCUUGAGUUGAAUCAAAUAUCUUCUUUGGAGAGCAACAGGAGAAAGGGAAUGAUUCUUCCAUUUCAACCAUUGACAAUGACUUUCCAUAAUGUCAACUAUUUUGUUGACAUGCCAAAGGAAAUGAGCAAGCAGGGUGUACCAGAAAAGAAGUUGCAGCUCUUGUCAAAUGUGAGUGGAGUAUUCUCACCGGGUGUUCUGACUGCAUUGGUCGGGGCAAGUGGUGCAGGAAAGACUACUCUGAUGGAUGUGCUUGCCGGAAGGAAAACUGGGGGAUAUAUAGAAGGGGAUAUCAAGAUAUCGGGUUACCCAAAAGAGCAAGGCACUUUUUCUAGAAUCUCAGGCUAUGUUGAGCAAAAUGACAUACAUUCUCCUCAAGUUACGGUAGAGGAGUCUCUCUGGUUUUCUUCCAGUCUUCGCCUUCCAAAAGAUGUUACCAAAGAACAAAGACAUGAAUUCGUUGAAGAGGUAAUGAGAUUGGUGGAGCUUGACACUCUACGUCAAGCUUUGGUUGGUUUUCCAGGCAGCAGCGGCUUAUCAACAGAACAACGAAAGCGAUUAACAAUUGCAGUUGAACUUGUUGCAAAUCCUUCCAUUAUUUUUAUGGAUGAACCUACGUCUGGACUUGAUGCACGAGCAGCCGCCAUUGUGAUGCGAACUGUUCGAAAUACUGUUGAUACUGGCAGAACAUUGGUUUGCACCAUCCAUCAACCGAGUAUCGACAUUUUUGAGGCAUUUGAUGAGUUACUUCUCAUGAAACGAGGGGGCCAGGUUAUAUACGGAGGGAAGCUUGGCGGCCACUCCCAGAUUAUGAUAGACUAUUUUCAGAGAAUAAAAGGAGUCCCUCCUAUUUCUGAAGGCUACAACCCAGCAACAUGGAUGCUUGAGGUUACUACAGCUUUUAUUGAAGAGAAGAUUGGCGACGACUUUGCCGAGAUAUAUAGCAAAUCUGAGCAAUACCGGGAAGUGGAAGCUUCAAUUAUGCAUUUCAGUACUCCCCCUGUUGGCUCAGAACCAUUAAAGUUUUCUUCCACCUACGCACAAGAUCUGCUGUCUCAGUUUCAAAUCUGCCUUAAGAAAGAAAAUCUUGUAUAUUGGAGAAGUCCACGAUACAAUGCCGUGAGGAUAUUUUUUACGGUAUUAGCUGCAUUUAUAUUAGGCUCAGUAUUUUGGAAAAUCGGCUCCAAAAGGGACACGACUCAAGAUUUGUUUGUGGUUAUGGGAGCUCUUUACUCUGCCUGCAUGUUUCUUGGAGUUAAUAAUGCUUCCUCAGUACAGCCAAUAGUUUCCAUUGAGAGGACUGUAUUCUAUAGAGAAAAAGCAGCUGGAAUGUACUCGCCACUAGCCUAUGCAGCAGCUCAGGGUCUUGUGGAGGUUCCGUACAUUAUUUUGCAAACAAUUUUAUAUGGCCUCAUCACAUAUUUCAUGAUUGGUUUUGAAAAAACGGCUGGCAAAUUUUUCCUCUAUUUGUUGUUCAUGUUCCUUACUUUCACCUACUUCACAUUUUAUGGGAUGAUGGCUGUUGGUCUAACGCCUUCUCAGCACAUGGCUGCUGUUAUCUCGUCUGCAUUUUAUUCUUUAUGGAAUCUCCUGUCAGGUUUUCUUAUUCCAAUGUCGAAAAUCCCAGGAUGGUGGAUCUGGUUCUAUUACAUCUGCCCCAUUGCUUGGACUCUGCGAGGCGUUAUUAGUUCCCAGCUUGGUGAUGUUGAGGACAUAAUUGUGGGACCAGGAUUUAAAGGCACUGUGAAAGAGUAUUUGAAAGUUAAUUUUGGGUUUGAAUCCAAUAUGAUAGGAGUAUCUGUUGCAGUACUCUUUGCCUUCUGUUUUCUCUUCUUUUCUGUCUUUGCAUUCUCUGCGAAAGUCCUUAACUUCCAGAGAAGAUGAGCAGUGAUUUUAUUGAAAUACUGGAAGCUGAGAUCAAGAGUUUUUAUUGAGGCCUUGGGUGCUAGUUGAAAUAUGGGCUGAGCCGAAAGGGUCUGCAAUUGCACAGAGAUGGGCGAUUGGCGAGGCUCUGGUGGUACUGAACUCAGAUUUGUAGUUUCUAUUCCGGUCACAAUAUAAACGGUUAGAAUUCAGAUUGCUACUAAUUCCUUAGUUUGAAUUGCAGCCAGGUUUUAAACCACUUUUUAGCCUGCACAUUGUGCGGCCUAAUCUGAAAAACUCUGAUACAAUUCAUAAAAAUGCUAAAAACCAUUUGAUUUACAGUAAAAACAUAGAUUUUCCUUUU